CAGCAGCAGCAGCAGCAGCAGCAGCAGCAGCAGCAGCAGCAGCAGCAGCAGCAGCAGCAGCAGCAGCAGCAGCAGCAGCAGCAGCAGCAGCAGCAGCAGCAGCAGCAGCAGCAGCAGCAGCAGCAGCAGCAGCAGCAGCAGCAGCAGCAGCAGCAGCAGCAGCAGCAGCAGCAGCAGCAGCAGCAGCAGCAGCAGCAGCAGCAGCAGCAGCAGCAGCAGCAGCAGCAGCAGCAGCAGCAGCAGCAGCAGCAGCAGCAGCAGCAGCAGCAGCAGCAGCAGCAGCAGCAGCAGCAGCAGCAGCAGCAGCAGCAGCAGCAGCAGCAGCAGCAGCAGCAGCAGCAGCAGCAGCAGCAGCAGCAGCAGCAGCAGCAGCAGCAGCAGCAGCAGCAGCAGCAACAUAAUGUAUUUGUAUCAGGCUACUACACUGUACCUACAAUUGUAGUCUAG